AUUAUCGAAAUUUGUGCUACUUCAAGCUUUACCCAAAACUUCCCGAGCAUCAUAGUAACCCGUCGCAGUUUUAGCCGGAUUGAUUGUCGGACAGCUCGCGCGUGAAAACAAAACAUACUAAAUAUAUAAUGGCCACCGUAAGUCACGCACCACCAUCGGAACACAUCACUGGAUCGCUGACCGCUGAGAGGCGGGUUUCAUCGCGUAAAAUGCCAUCGCCGUACCGAACGGUACCGACAAAAAGCCAUUACACUAAAUCACCCGGUAAAGUUUCGCGAAAUAAUACAUUUAUAGCACCCAGCCGACAGAAACAGAACGAUAACAGUGGGAUGGAUCGACCAGAAGGGGAGUCACUGGAAGUGACGAAGAAAGCGAAAUGUUUAAGCGCUGGUGCCGUGGAUGAACUGCGGGAACGUCAGGAGGGCAGCACGCUGGAGUAUCUCUUCCAGGGAGAGGACAUUAAAUUAUCUGAAGAAUUUCAAACACUGGAGGAACAAUCGCCAACAGCAAUAGCACCGGUAACGUUUAUCGCGAAGAAUGGCAGCUCUAUUCCCAUAAGAAAUAAAACCUUCAUCGGUCGACCAAUCCGUUCGCAGCGAAGCCUAAUCAGCGGGAGCGACUCAAAGACAAUCAAAUUUCUGCUGAAACUAACCACCAAAAGCUACUUCGAGACACUGAUGUACGAAAUCGAUCGUAUCAAGGAAAGCGAUCGUAAAAUGCAGGACCAGGCAAGCUCCCACGGGCACUCGAUAAUGGCCCUAAUCAGUAAGGGGAUCGAUUUCGAUCGCAAGAUGGACGAUCUCAGAGAUCAAAAUGCUAGGCUGCUGCACGAAACGCGGGAAAAACAACGGGUCCAGCAGGAUACGGUGAACGCUAUCACCACAGAGUUGAACGAGCUGAAAUCGGUUUGCAACUUACUGUUGAAAAACAUUGAAAAAGAUCACGAGCUAGACAUUUUGGCGAGAAAGCUCAGGAAGUCUAAAAAGUUUGACUCCAACACUUAUAGAAUGCUCAAAGCACAACUCCGGAAACCAGCUCAGGAUAAAAUCAAGUCUAGGAAAACCUCUGUUAAAUUGAGCGUUCAACGAUCUCUAUCCUGUUUGCCUUCCAAAUCGAAAAGUGAAAACGUAUUACGUAAACGAACUACGACGAAAGGAUCACGGCUGUCGAUCAUGCGCCAGAAGAGCGACUGGUCAUCGCUGUCCAGCAUGUCGUCGGUCUCAACCGGUUCGGAUAUGCUGAGCGACAUAGAAGUUACAACGGACAAACGCAGCGGAACUAGUGAGACUUCCAGAAGAUGUCCACCGCAGGUAGGCGAUGUUGGUAGCUUUUCGGAUCACAGCAUAGCUGCGAAGAAUCAAAAUUCCAAGAGAAGAGAGAAAAGUACCAAAAAGUCGGGCUUCUUAAGGAUUUUCUGCUGCGGUCAACGGACAAAGAUAAGCAAGGAGAUUAACAGCGCGCAAAAUCUUUGGCAAAUUUGAAUACUUUUUGCGUUGCUUUGACUAAACAUAAUUAGAAAAUAUUUUAUCUUUAAUUUUUGGUAAUUUUUUUGUAAACAUCAAUAC